AUGGCCAGGGCGGCCUUUCGCCGCUCCAAGUUUCGCCGCCUCGCAUGGGGCGACGGCGACCCGUACCCGUACACCCCGCGGGCGACGUUCCGCUACCAGUGGGACGAUUGGCCCUUGUGGGAGAAAAUAUGGCAUAUCUCCAUUGGCAUCGUAGGCGUGGAGUUCGCCAUCUGGGCAUACUACUCGAAGCUGAAUAGUCGCAUGGAUUGGGCCCGCGAAGAGGCGCUUCGCCGCAUGCGACUGCGGCGUGAGGCCCAGGAGCUCAUGAUUCUAGAGGGGGAGACAUUUGAUAGUGACAUCCAGCCGGACCGUAGGUAG